AUGUCCGGAAAGGCGAAUAGCGGAGUGAUUCGCUUUCAAAUCGAAAAUUUCGCCGACUUGAACGAAAAAAAAGAGCACAAUGAAGUUGAGAUCGGAAAUGUCAAAUGGUAAAAUCAUUUUUUCUCUUUUUUUUCAAACAAAAAAACGUAUAAAUUCCAGGAUUCUGGGCGCAUUUCCGACGACGUCGGACAAGACGAACAACGUGAAGCAUCUGGGCGUCUACCUGAAAUGCGAGAAUUCGAAUCGAAGCAAUCUUUGGUCCGUCAACGCGUCCGUCCGUUUUUCGCUUUUGAAAUUGAACUCGAACGACCCGAAAGACGCGUUUUCGGUGGAUUUCAAUCAGAAAUUUGACGGAAAAUCAAAGAAUUUCACGAUAGACAACUUUAAGAAUUGGGAAGAAGCCAUCUGCUACGAUAAUCGAUUCAUUCUGGACACGCACGCCGUACUGGAGGCCUACAUCACUGUCAGCGACGUCGUUGGAAUCCACGAGAAGCUGCUGGAGACGUUCGACGCCUCGAAGGAACAUCUGACCGAUGUGGUGCUCGUCGUCGAGGGAAAAAAGGUGCAUGUCGGAAUGCAGGUCAGUUUUCCAGCGAUUUACAGCAAGAUGCUCGAAAAAUGACUGAAAUUCUAGUGUUUUCGAUCGAAAACUUCACAAUUGUUUCAUUUCUUUUAUGCUCAAAAUUACUGCAUUUUUCAAAAAUACCGCUAAACUUUGCUUUCCAGAUCCUCGCCUUGUACUCGAAAUUCUUCGCCAACCUGUUCUACACGAACUUCGUGGAGAACGGAAAAGACGAAAUCGAGCUGAAAGAAGUUGUGCACUCGGAAUUCAUCGAUCUUCUUAACCUUAUCUAUCCGUCGCACCAAAUAGUCGAUGGUUUGUCUGAAAUCCCAUUUUCUUCUUAUUUUUCCUCAUUUUCCAGCCAAAACAGUUCCGCAUCUUCUGAAGCUGGCCGACCGUUUCGGAGUGUUGACUGUGAUCGAAAAGUGCGAGAAUUAUCUGAUUUCGAACGUCGAAAUCCAUACGGUCGACAAGCUGAAGUACGCGGAGAGCUACAAACUCUCGAAGCUGCAGGACCACUGUCUGGCGGCGCUGAAAGCGAGCUCGGAAGUGACUGCUCUGGCGAACCACGAAAAUUACGGAAAUCUCGGCGACGUCACCUACAACGUGCUCCUCCAGACCAUCGUCAAACUCUACGAUUCUGGAGUCUAA